AAUGCCAGGCGGGGGAGCCCCUUUCUCAGCAACACAGCACAGCAUCACCGCCUCGCCUCGCUGAGAAAAAGGACAGGCAGGAGAGAAAUGCAAAGGGAUGUAAGAUGGCAGAGCUACAAAUGCUAUUAGAGGAGGAAAUCCCUGCCGGUAAAAGAGCGCUUGUGGAAAGCUACCAGAACCUGUCCCGGGUAGCGGAAUACUGUGAAAACAAUUAUGUUCAGGCUCAAGACAAGAAGAAGGCCCUGGAGGAGACCAAAGCCUACACCACUCAGUCUCUGGCCAGCGUGGCCUACCAGAUCAAUGCCUUAGCAAACAAUGUGCUGCAGCUGCUGGAUAUUCAAGCCUCGCAACUACGACGCAUGGAAUCGUCCAUCAACCACAUCUCCCAGACAGUGGACAUCCAUAAGGAGAAGGUGGCCCGCCGAGAAAUCGGCAUCCUGACCACAAACAAAAACACCUCUCGUACCCACAAGAUCAUCGCUCCGGGCAACAUGGAGCGGCCGGUGCGCUACAUUCGAAAGCCUAUCGACUACACGCUGCUGGAUGAUGUAGGACACGGCGUCAAGUGGCUUAAGGCCAAGCAACAUGGGAACAAUGCGGCGGGACGAGGGGGGACCCUUUCAAGGACCAACCCACCUUCACAGAAGCCUCCAAGCCCUCCCAUGGCUGGUCGUGGUACCCUUGGACGUAACACUCCCUACAAAACACUGGAGCCUGUGAAGCCCCCAGUGGUGCCAAAUGACUACAUGACGAGCCCGGCCCGACUCGGGAGCCAGCACAGCCCCGCGCGCACAGCGUCUCUCAAUCAGAGACCCAGGACACACAGUGGCAGCAGUGGUGGCAGUGGUGGGAGGGAGAACAGUGGAGGCAGUGGAGUCGGUGUCCCUCUAGCAGUUCCCACACCCUCUCCUCCCAGUAUGGGGCAAGUGGCCCCAUCGUCAGCCUCUGUGCCCCAGGGCCCCGGCUUGGGUCCCAUCCCCAUGUCCCAGUUUGGCACCAUCUCCCGUCAGAUCUCCCGUCACAACUCUUCCACCACCUCCUCAGCCUCCAUGGUGUCGGCCACUGGCACGUAUCGCCGCGCACCCUCCGUCUCCUCCCAGCAGCCCCAUCUUAACGGAGGCCCAACAUACCCUCAGAACCCAGUGUCUGUGGCUCCUCCGCCUCCUCCUCCUGUGGUCCAGCUGACCCCACAGAUCCCCCUGACCGGCUUCGUGGCCAGAAUGCAGGAGAGCAUAACAGACAGCCCAGCCCCACCUCCUCCACCUCCCCCAGAGGACAUUGGUGUCUUUGAAGAGCCAGCUCCCCCUCCUCCGCCUCCACCUGUAGACUAUGAGGAAGAGGAGGCCGCGGUGGUUCACUACAACGAUCCCUAUGCUGAUGGAGACCCCCAAUGGGCUCCCAAGAAUUACUUAGAGAAAGUUGUGGCCAUCUAUGACUACUCCAAGGACAAGGAGGACGAGCUGUCCUUCAUGGAAGGGGCCAUCAUCUACAUAAUCAAGAAGAAUGACGAUGGCUGGUUCGAAGGCGUCUGCAACGGCGUCACUGGACUCUUCCCUGGAAACUAUGUUGAGUCGAUCAUGCACUAUGCUGACUAAAGAAUACAAACAAAAAAACCCCACACGUGAUGGCGCUGCAGAGGUAAUCCGUGAAGAUGUACAGACGUAUGCGGCGCAGCGAUAGCAGUUCAUACAGUUUUGAAUGAAGUGCCAUGGUGAAUUAAUAAGUAGUUUUCUUCUUUUGUGGGGAGAGGAAAGGGUUUGAUCUGCCCUAUUAAAAAAAUAAAUACAUAAAUAAGAUGCCGCACAAAGUAGGAGGGUGUUGAAGCUUUGCAAGGCCUGUGUCUGGAAGUAAAGGCCUUUUUUUUCCACCACUGUCACAUGGUAGGGCUCAUCAAACAGCAACAUUUUGCCUCACGACAAAAUGACGUACAUCAAUAACAACUUCAGUGGAUACAGAGUAAAUCUAGAUGUAGUGUUGCUUUUUCUGAGUAUGCAGUAGAUCCAGAAAGUGACGCACUGCUACAGUUUUACCGAGACAGUGUAACCGCUUUAUGGUAAAGUGCUGCACACUUUUUCCUUCUCGUUUAUUUGUACUGUAGACCAUCAGACCAGCUCUUUAAUCCCUUUUGAAAAACAACGAUCUUACAUUAUCAGAGACCUGAAAAGGACAAACGAACGUCAUCAAGUGCAUUAGGACACAGCUGAAUGUGCCGUUGACGUCCAAAUCACACAAGGUGUUUAAAAAAUAUAUUAAGGAGGAUAAUGGCCAGAUGGAGCUGUGUAUUCAGUAUGCUCUCUGCUGUUAAAAAAAAAAGGGGUGGGGGUUGAAGUGAGUGUAUAGACUGAUCACAAAAAAAGAAAAGAGUUUCUUCUUUCUGAUGGAGUCUCUUUCUGUUCUCUAACUUGUAUAUAAACUGUAAUGUGAGAAGCUGCCAGUACAGUACAUUUGUCAGUGUGUUUCACCAGUGUUUCCAUCAGCGUCAGUGGGUGGGGGGAAGGGUGUGGUGCCAAGACUGGAUGUUUUGAGAAUUUUUUACUUUAGUUUUUACUUUAUUUUUACUUGAAAAUUAAUUUUAUUCAUCACCCACAGUGCCAUUUUAACUUGAUUCAGGCAAAGUGGUUGUGUACAGGCAUUUAUUUUUCUACGUUAGGUCACAACUAUAUCGUCUUGAUCGCCAUCACUGUAUUUGUCGAUGCUGUCCAGCUACUGUAGCAGAGCGCUCACGUGCUUGUUGCUUCGUGACGCGAAGCAGAGGAAGGACUAAGUCGUGUGGCUUUUUUGUUUUUUUCAUGUUGUUUCCAUUGUGCACUGAUUAGUUAGCGGUAACUGUGAUGACUUUUAUUUCCAUCAUGGCUUUUAUCACAAACACAAGCAUUGCCAUCUCCAAAGUAUCAACUAACCUUUAGGCUUUGUUUGUUCUUUCAGUGGUUGCUGGUGUGGUGCUUUACAUUGGUGCUUAAUAACCAUAAUCACCAACCCAAACAACCUCAAGUCCAAGACUCCUCCCACACAGAAAUGUAACAAAGGACUUUUAGUCUCGUUAUCGAUCGUUUUGAUUGUAAUCCUCGGCCACUUUUGUGUUUGUAGUGAAUGUAGGUGACUCGGCGAUGGUGAUGUGCUUCAGCUGAAGUCGCUUUAUGUCUUUUUGUCCGUUCUGUGCUACACACGAAUGACACCUGCUACCUGCAGUGAAGGAAGGAAUCUCAAUCUUUAGGUCUUAAAAGUUCCGAUUUGUCCUACAAAAUAAGAUGCCUGUUCUGGCGGAGUGAUUGUUGGUGCAAACUCGCUCUCAAAUAUCAUUCAAUAUAAUGCCUGUCUCAGAAUAUAUGUUUGUAACAAGUAAUAUGAACAUAAUCACGUGUACUUUAGAAUAAUAGGGGCAUUGAACUUUUAUUUUGAAAGGGAACAUUUUCAA